AUGUGGACCGGAGAGCGCACUGCCCAGACGAGCCAGGUGGACAACCCAAGCUCACCCGAGCCGGGCACCCUCCCCAAAAAUCAUACAAAGCAUGGUGCAGUGGCCUACCCCCCGAUCGCAAAAGGAGGAGCAACAGCAGACAGCAGCAGCAGCAGACAAGAAACAGCAGGAGCAGCAGCAGCAGACAGCAACCGCAGGAGCAGCAGCAGCAGACAGCAGCAACAGCAACAGAAACAAGCAGACGAGCAAAAGCAGCCGCAGCAGACAGAAACAGCAGCAGCAGCAGCAGCAGACAGCAACAGCCGACAUCAACAGCAACAGCAGCAGCAGCCAGUAGUAGACAGCAGCAGCCAGCAUACAGCAGCAGCCAGACUGCAGCAGCAACAGCAGACAGCAGCAGCAGCAGACAGUAACAGCAGCAGCAGCAGCAGACAGUAA